GUGUCGCUUCUCUGACACAACGUGGAGAGAGCGACAGAAGGGGAACAGUAGAGCAUCUUGUUAGUUGCAUUUGAAGCAAAGAGAAAGGACAUGAUGGAAGAAAUGAAAUGAUUAGGACCAACAGGAACAGAGGUAAAGAGUAUACUGGAGUGUGGUGGUAGUGGACAAGGCAGAAGAUGCUUUGCAACUUUAUAAUAAGAACAGGAGUGUUAGGAAAAUAUGACAUAGUGGACAUUACAGGAGUUAAAUAACUGCAGAAGAUGGCAGACGUGCAACAUUUAGGAUGCAAGCUGUCGUUAAAGCCCAAAGAAGAAGUCUGCUGCUGCAGUGCUCCUCAACUGAACUCAGUAACGACUGGAUAGCAGGGUCAAGCCGGAGUAAAAACUGGAGGAAUUUCAGCUGGGUAAGACAAAAUAGUUUUACGUUUAUUGCUGUAUUUCUGCGUUUGGCGCUGAUUUUGGUAAGGCACGCAACUUUGUAUAGAGGCAGUUUUCUUGCAGCGCUGUUUUUAAAGAAAAUAUUAACGCAACAACGUAGCAUUUUGAAAGGUUUUGUGAGUUUAUGUCGUAUACACAUUGUAUGUAAAGUCACAAAUAAAUGACAUAUCCAACGCUAUUGGUUUGCAAUCUGGCCCUUUUGCUGUUUUUAUUAAUUUUGCAAAGUGGCAGGGCAGGAGUUAAACUACUUUUUAAGCCCUGCGGUCUGGAAUUUGUCAGGAAACUUUACGCUCCCUCAUCUCUGCUCAAACAUGCAGGUCCCACAGACAGUGAUUGUUUGCCAAUUAGCCUAAUGAUUGUACAGCAUUUUAUUCGUUUGUAACAGACUAUCACUGGGAAAUCAUUUAAACGCAAACUACGUUAGUUUUAAUAGUUGGCACUUAAAUUACAAAUUAUAGGCUAAUAAUUGAAGUAACUGUUAAACUGUUUGCUAUGUUGUAUUAUUUACGUAUGUGCAAUAAAGACAAUGUUAGCUCUUUUAUUUAGGUCUUUGCUCAAAAAUUUUUAAAGUUCUGGCAACCCCCUGUGGCAAACUUGCUACAGAUUUGCCGCUCAUUAUUUUCCCAUGGAAAUUAGCUGGCAAACUCUUCAUUGUUGCAACAGGUUUGCCAGGUUGACAAAGGUUUGCUGCAGGUCCACCACUACCAGCGAAGAGCUGAAAAAUUAUGUCAAUCAAUUUCGGCAAAUCGCAACUAAUUUUCAUAUGAAAAUAAUGAGUGGCUAAUUUGCAGGAAGAUUGCCAGAACUCUAGAUUUUUGUAAGGUUUAGUUUAUCUAUGAAGACGAGCUGCAGGAGUGUCGCUGAUACAGCUGUACUGAUUUGGCCUAAUUAUUAGGCCUUGGAACAGAUUGUGUGACUCUUGUGAUCUUAUUUGUUAGAACAAGCUAUCAUCUUUCCAUUUAAAUGGAAAUGAUGUCCCCUGUGUUGGCACUGAGGAGCUAAAAGGUAUGUUUUGUGUUGUGUAUGCAGUGACUGACUGUCUGAAUGUAUGAUUAUUAUGUGGUCUUGAAUAGGGAUGGACAUUUUGAAUAAGUUUGUAGUUAUAAAAACAACCAUUUAAAGUCUUCUGAAGAGAUACACUUGAUUUAAAUAAUGACAGACUUGUCUGUUUGGAUGAACUAUUACUUUAACAAUGCCAUGCAUCCACAGCUUCAGUCAAUGUAAAAUGUAGGUGAGAGAAGCAGUUUCAUUGUUGCCCACAGCAGGUAAAGGCACAAAGGAAAAUCAAAUUGCAAUAUUGGUGUUUUUACUAGUCGAAUAGUUAAUGCUAAACGGGUACCUGAUGAAUCAAUUACUCGUAAACAUUCUUAACCAGGGGUCCGGGGGUCCUUAGCAAUCUUCCACGGUGGCAGUCUGAUUGGGGGGUCCAGUUGAGUUGGUCCAUUUUAUUUUUGAGCUGGUAGUACCAAGUACCAAACCUUAUUCAAAUGAAUUGCUCAACUAAUCUUUUUCAACCUCAUGAAAUUUUGUUUGAAGGCUCCUUUCUUCCUUGCAGAACCCUACAUGUUCCUCCCAAGUUCUUGGUGGAGGUCUGAGCUGAUGAAUGCCAGACUCAAGUGGCUCAUUUGGGCAUUUGCCAUGCUUGUUGUUGGCGCUGCCCUACUGGUUGUCACCUCCACCCCAUCCUUCGGUGGGAAGAUGAUGGCUCAGACUGCUGUAGCCCAGACAAAGACUGCAGCUGCAGGGCCUGGCCCAUGGAGCGCUAAGGACCUUCUAGAUCUCUGGUACCUUGAUGAGCUGUUCUCCAUAGACAACAUAGAUGUUUGGUUCUGCUCCCUCUUUGGAUCGUUUGCCAUCGGGCUCAGUGGCAUAUUUCCAAUCUUAGUGAUACCCAUUGAAGCUGGGACAACCUUGAAAACUGAGGCUGGGUGUCAGAAGCUGAAGAUGCUGCUGAGUUUUGCUAUUGGUGGUCUCCUAGGCGACGUGUUCCUCCACCUCCUGCCUGAAGCCUGGGCUUACACUUACAGUCCUGAUGGGUCCCACAGACACUACCAUAUGCAGGGCUUGUGGGUGAUCGUUGGUCUGCUGUCCUUCCUGAUCUUGGAGAAGAUGCUCCCUGAUGAAGACAGCAAUUCAGAAAGCAAAGCUGUCCACCAAAGUACCAAAUCCUCUUGUACAGAUUUAAGCAGCGAGUUUUCUGUGUCCCCACAAACAAAUGGCAUCUGCUCAAACAACAACUCUGACUGCAAGCCAAAGACUGACAUCAGCCAUUACACGGAGCCAAAGAAAAUAAAGACGAUUGUUUAUCUAAACCUUCUCGCUAACUGCAUUGAUAACUUUACUCAUGGCCUGGCAGUGGCUGGAAGCUUCCUAGUUAGCCGAAAGGUUGGUUUCUUAACAACACUUGCUAUUCUGCUUCAUGAAAUCCCUCAUGAGUUGGGAGAUUUUGCCAUUCUGCUGCGUGCAGGAUUUGAUCGUUGGAAAGCCGCACGUUUGCAACUCUCUACAGCACUGGGAGGAGUGCUGGGCGCUUGCUUUGCUCUUUGCUUCCAAACACAACAUGGGGCAGAGAAUGCCACUACCUGGAUCCUGCCCUUCACCUCAGGUGGCUUUCUCUACAUUGCCUUGGUCAAUGUAGUACCUGAUCUGUUAGAAGAGACCAAUCUAAGGAACUCCUUUCUGCAGGUUCUGCUGUUAUUUUGUGGGAUAGCAGUCAUGGCUCUCCUCUCUAUCAUUAUUGACUAGCCACAGGCGAACACUGCUUUUAUUGAGAGACAUUCAUUCAGAAUUACAGUGCCAUCUAUAUUUCUGAAAUAUUUAUGGACAAUUCACUCCAUUGUUUAAGCUUUAAAUAAUUACAGAUAUUUUUGUCACCCCAAAGACCAUGUGAGGGAAGAUCAAUGAAAGACAAUCAGAAGUGAACCCAUGAGGCCUUACUGGCACAAGCUCCAAUAUAUGGGAAAACCGGUUUGUACAAAAGGUGCUCAGAAAUAUCAACGGUGUUGCAAUGGCAAUAACAGUGGUUGCUCAAACAGAUUUGCUUGUUGCUGCCAUUAUAUGUGUGUAUGUUAACAUGCUUUGUAUGGUUGACUUAUGCUCAAUAUAAAGAACUUGUUACAGUUGGCAAAAUAUGUUUUGAUAAUCAGACAAAAGCCUCUACACUGUCAGUAGGUCACGUCUAAAUAUGUAUAAUUUGCUUGAAUUACAUAUCAAAUGAAUGUGCCGCUUACACAUGCUAUUUUAAACCAUUAAUUGAGCACACUUAAUCCUGUAAUAAGAUGUUCACAGAGGUCAUGUCACAAUACACAGGCUACAUAUACGUACAUAGUAAGAUUUUAAUGGUCACCAUUAAUAAAGAAGAUUAUUGCCUUGCAUGUGUAAAAUGCACAUAGAAUACUUGAUUUCCUCAAGCUGGGACACUAAGGUUUUUAGAUGACUGCAUAUUUGUUUUGCACUUCCAUCAGUGAACACACUCUUAACAGGCAUUUUUUCUUGUAUUAUUCAACCAUUUCUUUCUUUUCCUACAGUAUUUAGUCUUUUUGUUAUUGGUUAUGUUGAUAACCACUACAUUGCUUGUUUUAGUGAUUUUCUGUAGAGUUCAUUGUGGUUCUAUCAUUGCAAUUUAGUUUUGAGUGAAUCAGAUUAGACCUGACCAAAAAAGAUAAGUGGAUUCAUAAGCAGACAGUUAUUUUUCUAAACUGACGUUGGUGCCAUUUCAAAAUGGUUUUGUAUAUGAAAUGAAAAGAAUGUUCUGAAUUCGUCACUUGGCAGGUCAGAGCAGUCUUGCUGGAAUGUAAAUAUUUUAAUAGAGAUCAUAUUUAUAUUUAUUCUGUUAAACAUAAAUGUUGAAAGAAAAAUUUCUAACUUUAAAGU